UUCUUUGGUUAAUUGUACUCCGCAGACUCAGUGUGAGCAGGUCCAGGGUCAAAGUUUUCCUGCCUCUCAAGGACAGUGGGUAAUUAACUCUAGUCCUUUUAUUUAUUCGCCUUUUUACUGUCGUGUUUUAAUGUUCGCGACUUAAAUUAUAUUCAGUGUUUCAUUUCUAAUGGUGUUUUUGACGGUGAGGUAAUGAACUUCCUCUCCUUACGAGGAUUGAACGGAGACUUUUAAUACGGAGCGAAAUUGUCUUGAGUUUAAUACACAUGUAUUUACCGAGCAGCAACUACCCGCCCAAGACUGCUGAUUUUGGGUCAGUUAUUAUGGAGAACGGAGGAGCUCUGCUGGAGCACAGCAGGGGGAUGUCCGAGUACCGGGGCUUCUGCUACCACGAGCCGCGGCAGCAGCAGCAUCCACCGGAGAAGUGGCCUCUCUACCCCGCGAGGCCUCCUGUCGCUCCGCCGAGCUUUAGCUUGCCGGGGGAUUCGGUUUACCACCAAUACUCCGAUACGAACCAGGUCCAGGACGUAAAUAAGGAGCGCUUUCUGUACGGCGGUACCGUCUAUGGGAGCUCAGCCUCCCGGUUCCACUCCCUGGCCGGAGACUCGCGCUCUUUCCGAGGAAGCUAUCCGGACAUGCAGCUCUUCUACCAGUCAGGAACUCGAGGCAGAGCUUCGCUGAAUAACACGGAACAUCAACGAGCGGCUGUCGAGAUCACAACCGAGACACCCCCGGAGAGAGAGGCGAGAGAAACCGAGUGGAGGAGCAGCCGCAGCGGGGAAAGCAGCGAGGCGAGGGCCGGGUCUGAGAGCUCCGAGGCCGGGAAGGAGGACGAGGGCAGCGGGGGAGACUGCAGCAGCGGCUCCACGACGCCUCGUGUGAAGCGUAAGAAGCGCUGUCCGUACACAAAACAACAGAUCCGAGAGCUGGAAAGAGAGUUCCUGUUCAAUGUUUACAUCAACAAGGACAGACGCCUAUAUUUGUCCCGUCUGCUGCGCCUCACCGACCGACAGGUGAAGAUCUGGUUCCAGAACCGGCGGAUGAAAGAAAAGAAGCUGAAGAGAGAGAGGCUGCAGUUCUACACGGGGUACCACCUCUUCUGAUGGAUGGAUGGAGGAGGCCAAGGACUGUGGUGGAUUAUUACACCAGAUCGGUCCAGUCAGGGGAGAGUGAGUGGGUCUGAUGCCAGAUUUUGGAAAUCAUGUUACCUUUUUUCCUCCACCAGUCAUGUGGUUUUGAUCUCAGCCUGCGGCCGCCACGUCGCCAAUUCACCAGAACCAACCCUGAACAAAGACACAGAGGAAAAAGCUUUGUGUUAUAUAGCAGUUUAAUCUAAACUUUACAGACUUUAUUUGAAUAAUUCACUGUAUGCAGAGAUGUGGGCCCAGAACCAGACCUUGUUCACAACCUCUGCACUUUUGGUUUGAUAGCACGGUUCUGUGUAUAACUAUCAUUUUACAUGUCGCUAGCACCAAUAAUUCAACAUGUCAUGAGUUGAUAAAAGCCAUGAACACAACAAGAUUUAUUUUUGGACACAACCCAAACUAAAACACUAUUUUACAACUGCACUUGAAGAAAUCGACUUGAAUACACCUGUCACCUUGGCUAGCAGGGUGGCAGGGGAACUUCACCUGGGACCCGGAUGCACACUGAAGCUUAUGAACAUUUAGACUCUCAGAGUGUUUUCUAACUCAAAUUUGUUUUUUGUUUUUUUGUUUAUCUCAGUUUUGGACGUUCGCCUCAGCCUCUUCCUUUCCUCAUGAUAAAACUUCAAAUGUUAACUUCAGGAGGUUGUUUACCAACAUGUUGAGCUCAUUUUACUGUCUUUUGGUGAUGCUAACUGCUAGCCGCCAACCUAUUUCAAUAACAAACUCCACUUGCUGCCUCUGAGUAAAUUCAUCACUACAGAAUGAAAGGAUGAAACCGAACUGUCUCACUCAGGAUUAUCAUGCAGCCAGCUAACAGAAAACCAAGCCCGUUAGCCUGUGAUGCUAGCUGUUAGCUACCACCCAGUUGUUGCACCAUGUACACUUAUAGGUUUGUAGCUUAUGGUUAGCCUCACUAGCUACAGCAGACUCAAGCAACAAACUGCAAAGUUUCCAUUAAAUAAAAAGACAGUUGGCACUUUAAGAACACAAUCAUUGAAUAAAAACAAAGGCGAAGACUAUCAAGUAUUGAGGGCUGUGAUUGUUGUGAUUCUUCUUCUCUUCUGUGUUGACAAUCAGCGGCUUUGUUUGCGUGGAUGGCCACAUUCCACACUGUUUUAAGUAGCAGUCUUCUAAAACGUAUUGCUAUGACACACAAUACCUGAGCUACAGUGUGCGCAGUGGUCAGUACCUAUCAUGGCGGACCAAGAAGAAAAGAGCCUUGGCUGAGACUCACUUUACACAGAUUUACUUAACUAUACUAUUACUCAAAAAUGUUAAUUGGUUCCAUGUAAAAUAAUUUUAUUUGUAUUUACAUUUUGUCUUAACUGUGAAUGAAAUGUCAAAUAUUUUGUCACAAAAUACUUGAAUCUAAAUUUAUAUUUUUUGCACUACUUCAUCAAAAUUUGAACAAAUUUAUUUUCAAAAUUAACCAAUAUAAAUCAGUGGAAGUGGAAAACAAAAAUUCCCAUCCAGGUAAACAAAGCCAAUUUCUUAUCCAGUGUUGUUUUUGCAUUAACUUUUAUAUACUGAAGCACUUGUAGUUGUAGUUGUGCACCACUGUUUUCAAACGUGCACCUGACUUGUUUUUUGUCUUAAUGCAUUUAAAAUGUUUGUUUUUCUUUCAUGUUUUAUCAACAUGAUAAAAGAUAUUUUCCUGAUGUCGUUUGCACUUCUGUUUCUAUCAUUAGCCAUAACUGUGUUUAGCUGUGGAAAGUGUAUCUGAAAGUAUGUUUUAAAUGUUCAGUGUGGUUUAGAUUUAGAAAGUCACACACAAUUGUGUACCCUUUCUGUAAAUAAAAGCUUGAUUCUCUUCAAAUCCACACACAAAGUCACCCAACUUUUAAAUACAUAUUUU